AUGUCGUGGCCUAAUGGUACGUGCACAAAGUGCACCAGAGACGUUUACGGUGCUGAUCAGGCCUGCCAAGCCAUGGGACAAGUGUACCAUGACAGCUGCUUCACCUGCUAUGCCUGCGGCCAGAAACUGAAUGGAAAGCCGUUUUAUGACUUUUCAGGACAGGUGUUCUGUGAGGAGGAUUAUUUGUAUUCCAGCGUUAAGCACUUUGCAGAGGUCUGCACAUCCUGCGGAUAUUUAAUCACAGAUAUGGUGCUCCAGGCUUUGGGAAAGUCCUUCCAUCCCGACUGUUUCCGCUGUGUCAUCUGUAAUGAGACACUGGAGGGACAGCCAUUCAGUGUAGACACACAAAACAAGAUAUAUUGUGUGAAAGAUUACCACAGGUUUCUGGCACAGACCUGUGCUAUAUGUGAACAGCUCAUCCUGCCCAAUAAGGGUUCAAAUGAGAUUGUUCGAGUGAUGUCCAUGGGAAAAAGCUACCACAUGGCCUGUUUCGAAGGAAAAAGCGGUCUGGAGACUCUGUGUUACCUGGAGCUUCAUCCUCAACAGUGGGUGGAGCUUCUUCAUCUGACGCUCUCCAUCAUCUGUAAACUGCAGUGUUUUACGGCGGUCCGCAACAACUCCUCAAAAUCACCAAAUUACACGUUCACAAUCUGA